UCUGUUAUGGUGGGCAAUGUCUAUCAGAGGAGGCGUCGUGGCUAAGCAACUGCAGAACCGCAACACACGUCGCAGGGUAGUUUCCAUGUUCCUAUUCAAAUAUGUAAUCGUACUUGUAUUUGUGUAUUCUGUAUUCGGGUGAUGUACUUGGCUAUAUAGCCACGAACUCAUGGUAAUGUCAGUUACGCUGAAGAUCAAUUAGAUCUUCGGGCGUCUUGCUCGCCUCUGUUCCUUGCACGCUUGCUUCCCCGCUCGACGCCGGUCGGCAAGACGGCGUCCAACUCUCGCCGCCGCCGGAAUCCAUCGUCCCGGCCACCAGUCCACCACGGCUACUCCCUGAGGAGAUUGGGCCGUGACAAUCUGGUAUCAGCAGCUACUACGAUGUUUGGGCACCUCGCAUCCACCGCCGCCGCUGCAUCCGCCGCCAUCCCCGCCACCUCCGUUCCGCUCGCAACCUACAGCACCACACCUCCGCUCGCCUCCACUCUGGGACCGCCCAGUUCCGCGCCGCCGUAUGCCGAUUCGUCCGCCGCGGCGUCCGUUCCGGCGGCCGCCCUCGACACCCUCACCGCGGCGAUUUACGGUCUCCAGCGACAAAUGGGCCAGUUCGCCGCCCGCCUCGCCGAUGUGGAGCGCUGCCCUGGUCCGUCCGCGCCACCACCAGGGGAACCGCUGCCUUCGACAACCGCUAUCUACGGCCUCCAACGCCAGGUGCAUCUGACCUCCUCUUGGCUCGCAGAUGUGGGGAAUCGGCCGUCAACCGCCGCCGGAGCACCUGCCGCCGCGCCGUACCCCACCCUGGGGCUCAGUGUCCCGCCCCUGCCGCUCCUCCAAGGGGCGCUGUCGUCCUCCGCUCUCCACUCCGCCGGACCUCCCUUCAGUCAGUCUGCGCCAUCUCCCCACCCACAGACCGCGCCGGCACCCGCGAGCUACGGCGGCGUGCCCCAAGCGCCGCCGACCACCUCCGUCGUCGUCCACACAUCCACGGCAAGCCGCUCCUUUCCUAUAACCCAGAUCCCAUUCCCUCCAUCCCCAUCCCCAAUUCCAUCCAUCCCACAACUCCCCAGCCACCAUAUAGCCCACCAUGACCCAGCUGAAGAUCACGAUGGCGGCAUUACUGUUCCUCGCUACCAUAAACUGUCCUUUCCAACAUAUGAUGGCAAGGAAGAUCCCCUUGGUUGGUUGAAGCGCUGUGAGCAUUUCUUCAGAGCACAGCGUACUCGCGACAGCAACAAAGUUUGGCUUGCUUCAUUCCAUAUGCAAGGAGUGGCCCAGCAUUGGUUUUAUAUGUUGGAACGCGACUCUGGUGACAUUCAGGCUAUCAGUUGGUCGCUAUUUCGCACACUGUGCCAGCAGCGCUUCGGGCCUCCUUUGGAACCAACCAUUUAUCUGAUCUAGCUCGACUUCAGUUUCGGGGUUUAGUGCAAGAGUAUCAAGAAGCAUUCCAAACAAGAAUGGCUCACGCAGGAUAUUUGACACCUGAACAGCAAGUGCAAUUGUUUACAGGCGGUCUUCCGGAUCCCAUUCGCAUAGAUGUUGAACUCCAAGCACCAGCAGACUUGCAGCGUGCUAUGCUUCUAGCCCGUGCAUAUGAGCGCUGCAGUACCACACAUUCAGCUACUUUCCAGACCAGCACACCAUGUUUUCAGCAGUGCCCUGCGCUGCCCUCCCUAUCUAGCUCUGCAGCCAAUACAGCAAUACCAGUGCCAAUGCCAGCUACGUCAACACCAGCAGCAGCAGUGCCUCCCAGGCCACUUCGGCGCUUCAGCCCGACAGAAAUGGAUGAACGCCGUAAGCAAGGAUUAUGUUAUAAUUGUGAUGAACCUUAUGUUCAGGGUCACAAAUGUCAACGUUUGUUUUACCUAGAAGUGUCUGAUUUUGAUGCACAAGACCAGACCAGUCAAGAUGAUCAACCUGCAGCGGACAUGCCACCACUAAUUUCUCUUCAUGCUAUCACGGGCAUUCGGACAGCUGACACUAUGCAAGUUAAAGUGCGCAUGGGAAAUCAUCAAAUUACUGCACUGCUCGAUUCAGGAUCCACCCAUAACUUCAUCAGCGGUCCCACAGCUCAGCAUAUUGGUCUUAACUUCAUCAACAGCCGUGGUGUCAAUGUCAUAGUAGCCAAUGGCGAUCGAGUUUCAUCUCGUGGCCUAGCUAAGGAUGUUGCUAUACGCAUUGGCGAAGAAUUCUUCACGAUUGACUGCUACACCAUUCCCUUGGAAUGCUAUGACAUGGUGCUUGGGGUAAAUUUCCUUCGCACUUUAGGGCCGAUCCUCUGGGAUUUUGAUGAUUUGUGCAUGGCAUUUUGGCAUUUCGGCAAGCGUGUUCUUUGGAAAGGGAUUGGGUCAACAAGGUGGGACAUUCCAUCCACUAGUACAUUACAUUCCUUAAGCAAGGAUGACAAGCCAUCACCAGCAGCAGUUCGGCCAUACAUGUCCCCUGAUCUUCACAAGGAUGAACUGAUGCUCAAGCAAGGCAUUAUUAAGCCUACCAAAAGGGGCAUGCAUUCAUGCUGUUUUCCAUGUUGGGCUGCUGAAACCCUUUCAUGGCACUCCUGCGGUCACACCACUACUCUCUCCACUCCAACAUGGUCGUGUACUACAACAACCUCAGCGCAUCAUCAGUUCACAGCUACGCCGUGGAGUUUGGCACGUCUAGUGCAGUGGACUGGCCUUCCCGACUCUAAAGACAUGGGAACCUAUUGAUCAGUUUCGUGCCGCACAUCCUGAAUUCAAGCUCGAGGACGAGCUUUUUCGGAAGGGCGGGAGAGAUGUUAUGGUGGGCAAUGUCUAUCAGAGGAGGCGUCGUGGCUAAGCAACUGCAGAACCGCAACACACGUCGCAGGGUAGUUUCCAUGUUCCAAUUCAAAUAUGUAAUCGUACUUGUAUUUGUGUAUUCUGUAUUCGGGUGAUGUACUUGGCUAUAUAGCCACGAACUCAUGGUAAUGUCAGUUACGCUGAAGAUCAAUUAGAUCUUCGGGCGUCUUGCU